AUGAACCAAGACUUUGAUGUUAACGCUAUUGGUGAUUUCAUUGAGUAUCCUGAGAUCCCUCCUGCUACUACAGCGCCACCUGUAGCACCUUUGUUUACAAGUCUGGCAGACGUGGAGGGUCAUAUGCGGGGUGUGAUCAACGCUAUCGAUGGCCUGUAUGGGGAGGAUGGUUUGGCAGUAGUGGCAAACGUUCUCGAACAAGCUCGUGCAAAAUAUGUACCCCACCGACUUCAAGCUGCAGUGGAUCGUAUUAAGGCGGAAAAAGAAGGCAUGCCCGCCGUGAACACGGUCGGUCGGACGGUGGAAGAGGUGUCUGCUUCGUUGGCUGGCUGGCACCGUCUUUGUGCUGCUGCCCCAAAGCCCCAUAAGUGUAUGUACUGGGUGGAGUUAUUAACGAUGAUGAAAAGCGACCCGGUGAAUUGGUUGCUUUGGGGUUCACUGUUGGUGACCAUGUUAGGCUGGAAGAGAUCCAAAUACUUCCGUAUCAUGAGAGCUUUACGUCGCCUAGACUGGAUGGUUGAACAUGUGGGCCUGUCGGGCGCUCGUCUCAUGAUUGAGAAAGUACAAUUUGAUUUUGUUGAGGGUUCUGCAAACCGAGACUGGGAGGAUUGGACGGCGGUGAUUCGUACUGACGAGGACAUUGAGUUCAUGAAGACGGUGGAUUGCUAG